CCUUAACAGGCACAUGAGAGUCCACACUGGAGAGAAGCCUUACACCUGCCAACAGUGUGGAAAGAGUUUCAAUAGAAAAACAAACCUUAAUGACCAUAUGGCAAUUCAUACAGGAGAGAGUCCUUUUAUCUGCCCACAGUGUGGAAAAAGUUUCAACCGAAAGGAAAGCCGUAACAGACACAUGAAAGUUCACACUAGAGAAAAGCGUUAUGAGUGCCAUGAGUGUGAAAAAAGUUUCACAGAAAAAGGAAAUCUUAACAAGCACUUGAGAAUUCACGCUAGAGAAAAACCUUUUACAUGCCCUCAGUGUGGAGAGAGUUUUGAUCUACAUGGAAGACUUAAAGCCCAUAUGAAAGUUCACACUAGAGAAGAAUCCUAUACAUGCUCUCAAUGUGGAGAAAGUUUUAGUCAACACGGAAGACUUAAAGUCCACAUGAGAGUUCACACUGGAGAGAGUCUCUUCCCCUGCCCAACAUCUCAUGAAAGAAAUCGCUUAGUUGCUCAAAACCUGAAAAGACUUUGCGAAACAGAGCUCAAAAGACAGCAAACAGAAGUUAUUUCAACUGCCAACUGCGGGAAAAGUUUCAACAGAAAACAAAGCCUUGAAGUCCACAUGAGGGUUCACACCGGAGAGAAACCGUACGCGUGUCCUCAGUGUGGAAAGAGUUUCAAACACAAGCAGCAUCUCGACGACCACGCGAGGAUCCACACCGGAGAGAGACCCUUCACCUGCGAGCACUGCGGGAAGAGCUUCAACAGAAAAGGAAACCUUAAAGGCCACAUGAGGAUCCACACGGGAGAGAAACCUUUCGCAUGCAUACUGUGCGGAAAGAACUUCAAUCAAAAAACCAUCCUGAAAAGCCACAUACGGAUUCACACCGGAGAGAAACCUCACGCGUGUCCUCAGUGCGGAAAAUGCUUUUCGUAUAAACAGCACCUCGUCGACCACGUGAGAGUUCACACCGGAGAGAAGCCGUUCGCCUGCAAACUGUGCGGAAAGAGCUUCAUUCAGAAACAGAACCUGAAAUACCACAUGUUAGACCACAGCGGAGAGAAACCGUACACGUGCUCUCAGUGCGGAAGGAGUUUUAAACACAAACACCUCGACGACCACAUGAGGAUCCACACCGGAGAGAGACCCUUCACCUGCCAGCAGUGUGGCAAGAGCUUUACUCAAAAAGGGACCCUUAGAGACCACAUGAAAACCCACACCGGAGAGAAGCCGUACGCCUGCCAACUGUGCGGAAAGAACUUCAUUCGGAAACAGAACCUCAAGUACCACAUGAUAAGUCACAGCGGAGAGAAGCCUCACGCGUGUCCUCAGUGUGGAAAGAGUUUCAAACACAAGCAGCACCUCGACGCCCACACGAGGACCCACACCGGAGAGAGACCCUUCACCUGCCAACAGUGCGGGAAGAGCUUCACGAAAAAGGGAAACCUCAAAAAACACCUGAAGAUCCACUCGAGAGAGAAACCGUUUACGUGCGAUCAGAGCAAGGACGAAUUACUGCUUCAAAAGGAUAUCCAAACUGUUCCCACUGAGAAACGUCACAAGACCGUACUACCAUAACUGUAGACUUUCAUUCUAGAGUUGUACGUACGGACAAACGCGAAAUCCUGUGUAUGCGUUUUUCUGAUUUAUGUAACUUUACGUAUGCCAGAACCUGCGCAAAAAUCUCUUUGGUGGAAGAUUUGGUGGAAGAUUUUGACUCCUCCCAGAAAUCACCAUAUAUGGAGCUUACUAUGCAUACUUUUACUUUCACUGCAUAUCAUUUUCAUGAAUACACCGUGUUUGAGGUACACCGUUAAAGACAUUAAAGGAAUACGAGAUCCAGGCUAUACACCAAUUCCGUUUGGGCUGUAGCCCACACAUAAAUUUU